AUGUCGAAAACUCUUACAUUCACUCCCACCUUUUUCAAACUAAUAGACUUCGACACAAUAUGCGCCCGAAAGGACUUCAACCUGCCACCAGACAUUUUGACGCCAGAAGUAUUGACGGAUAGGGCGACCAAAUCGAGAAUUGCCGGUCGUUACCAGAAACCGAAUAGAAAUUAUGCAUUCGAUGGAGACAAUUCAUCAACAAACCAUAAGAUGAUUAAAAGAUCUUAUAGCAAUGGUAAUGGUGAAGGUUAUCCGGCUACGUGGAAAUCGUUUCAAGGUCGACCCUACCCUUUUCGCAAGAGAAAAAACAGUCGUCUAUUAGAUGAAGAAGAGAUCCGAGUGCUUCCACAACAACCGAGUUAUGAAAAAUAUAAUGCCCGAGCCUUUGAAGAAAAUCCUUUCAUGAGACAGACAACCCCUUCAACGCUCGUCAAAGGAACAUAUAAAUUAAACGCGGAGCAGAUCGAGCGUUCUUUUCUACAA